AUGAAGCGAAUUAUAAUAAAUCUAAUUGUGAUACUCUUAGCACAACAUUUCUCUGCUGCUGCAGCUUUUGGUGACGAGACUUGUGAACUGAAUCGAGAAAUGGAACAACAGUGUCGCAGUUAUACCUACUCCGUUGUUAAGCCUAUGCUAGAUUACUUGCGUCAAGUGAGCGAAUAUUUAAUGGAAAGUGAAUCGAAAGAUAGAAUCAUUGGGGACUUGAGAGAAAAACUAGUUCAGAAGGAGAAUAAUAUAGAAUUCAUAAAGGAAUCGCAGGAAAAUAAUGUGAAAUUGAUAAAAGAAUUGCGAUCUCAAAUCGAACUACAAAAUACAAUAAAUGGUCUGUUAACUGAGAGCAAUGGUAAAUGCAAGGAAGAAUUAGCGAGUAAAUCUAAGAAGUUUGCUAGAUUGGAAGUUGAACUAAAUGAAUUGAAUUCCAGUCACAUGGCAAAAAGUAACGAAAUAGCUAAAAUGAAUAACAGCAAUAAGAAUUUAGAAUUGCAAUUAGAAGAUCAGAAAAACAAAAUACCAGUAAUAAAGAGCAAUCUUAAUUUAUGUCAAAUUAAAGUAGAGGAAUUAAGCAAAUUGGAGUCGCAGAUUAAAGUGCAGAAUGAUAGAUUAACAAUAGAAUCAAACCAUUUUCAAAAAUGUAAAAAGGAUUUAGUAGAUAAGUCUAACAAAAUCAAAGUUUGUGAGGUUCAAUUGAUAAAUCUAAAUUCCAGUCUUAUUGAAAAAGAUGAAUUUAUUUUAAAAAAUGGCGAAGAGAUCUUAGGCUUGACAAUUAAGGUGGAAUUAAAUGAGGUGGCAUUAAAAGAGAGUCAAUCAGAGUUACUAAUUAAAGAAAUAGAUAACCAGUUAUGUCAAGCAGAAAUUCAUAAAUUAAAUCUUCCAUCAGAUUGCUUUGCAUUUGAUAGAAAUUCUGGUAUCCACAAAAUCAAUGUAUUUGGAUUUGGUUCAUUCGAUGUUCUGUGUGAAAAUGAUCGGGGAGACUUUGGUUGGUUAGUCAUACAGAAACGAGUUAUUCAUGGAAAAGUGAGUUUCGAUAGGGAUUGGGCCGCUUAUCGUGAAGGAUUUGGUUCCAUGCAAGGUGAUUUUUUCCUGGGACUGGAGAAGAUACAUCAACUCACGAAAUUGCGACGACACGAGCUUUGUAUUCGUUCCAUCUUUGCAAGCGGCGGAGAGCGUGAGUCAUUUUUUUUGGAUUUUGAAAUAUCUAAUGAAGAUACUGGAUACGCGCUCAGGCUAGGAGUAAGCAACUUACAACACCAUUUCAUUAAUGGCAUGAAAUUCACAACAUACGAUCGCGACAAUGACAAUGAACGUUUUGUAAAUUGUGCUGCUGAUUUCGGAUUUGGGUGGUGGUACAACGAUUGUAAUUGGUAA